CCGCGCAGAAGCGCCAAACAUGUAAUCUCUCCGUGCUCCCUCGUGAGCUUCAUAGAAAACCCGACUUUCCUAUAUAAAAGAGCCAACACUUUGUUUUCGGUCGCCAAAAAAAUACUAGAGCUGUGCGGAUGUCGACCUGGUGCUGUCAGUUCUCCGUAAUCGUUCAUCUAAGCAUUAGCCCACUUGACUUUUAGGUUCAAUUAAGUUAUCGAGUGUCCUCUACUGUCUGCGAUAAGACGCCGACCAAUUAUUACAUGUGUUUGUACACUCCGAGUGGAUGUGAGUGUGUGUGCUGAAAUUUACCCCCAUCCAUUUAGUGUCCUCUAUCCGGAUGCGUGUUGGAAAAGAUCUAGAGUGGUAAAUAAAAGAAAAUCGAUUGAUGAGCAGACUGCGGAUGCCGUGUCAGCUGGCUCCCUAAUUUUGUAAUGCGAUCGUUUUUUUCUUCUGAAAAGUUUUUUGUCGAUUCGACAAGACGACGUCUGUGACUAGCCAAUAGGAAGUCAAGAUUGACCGCACCCCUAUUGAACUCGGCUGCCAACAUGGAGGAUUAUCAACCGUUGAACGAUUCGUUUGACGACCCGCACAAUCUGACGGCCUGGAUCAUGCAACAUAUGGAGCGAACGGAAGGCGGUCUUGGCGGCCAAUUGAAUCACACGACAAUCCGAAUUUUGGUGCACAAUUUGACCAAUUUAUUGUUGAAACAUCACAGUAGCGGUGGCCCAGGGGGUUUAAUCAAUUUCAAUAUUGACCCGGACGACGAACAUUAUUGGUCCCGAGUGAUGGAAAAUAGGAGGGUAGGAUACGGGGCCUCAUGCGUUCUCAUCACCCUUUACUCCGUCCUCAUUAUGGCCGGCUCUCUAGGCAACUGUCUCGUCAUUUGGGCCGUCAUCCGACAGCCCACGAUGAGGACUCUGCGCAACACGUUCAUCACCAAUUUGGCCGUGUCAGAUCUUUUGUUGUGCCUCGUGACCAUGCCGUUGACUUUGCUAGAGAUCAUCACGAAGUACUGGCCGCUGGGCGAUUCGGCCAUUAGCUGCAAGAUGGCCGGUGGAUUACAGGCCGUCUCGAUUUUCGUCUCGACCAUGUCGAUCACGGCCAUCUCUCUCGACCGUUACCAGUUGAUCGUGUAUCCGACGACAGACUAUUUGAAGCGGAUAGGCGCCGCUGCCGGCCUUUUUUCUAUUUGGGCACUGAGCUUUCUCCUAGCGGCACCUAUGUUCCUAUUCCGUUCACUGGACCAUCACUCACUUUGGCCAUCGCAUUACGGAAUAGGCGUCGAAUCCGUUGACUACUGCUACGAAAAUUGGCCAGUUGCACAUGGCAGAGCUCUCUACUCAGCGGCCACGAUUGUAUUACAAUAUGCGGCGCCCAUUCUCAUCGUGUCCGUCGUUCACGCCAAAAUAUGCCGACGUCUACGUUUGCGACAAUCGCUCAUGAUGUCAAUGGGAAAAGAUUCGAAGAAACAAGCGUCAGAGAAACAGCGACUGAGACGGCUGAAUUCUUUGCUCGUUACGAUCGCUUUCAUCUUCGCGGUUUGUUGGAUGCCACUCAACGUUUAUAACCUGGUGCUUGACCUGUACAACCCGUUCCAAAAGCCUGAAGAUCAAGAGACCAUGCUGAUCAUCUAUGCCGUGUGCCACGUCCUGGGCAUGUCUUCCGCCUGCGCCAAUCCUUGGCUCUACGGCUGGUACAAUGACAAUUUCCGAAACGAGUUCCGUGAUAUCGUCAGUCCUUUACUGCGGUGUUUCAGCCGCCAUUGUCCCGCGUUGGCCACCUCCAUUUCCGUUUCCAGGUCGUCGUCCAGGCAAAAGGCUGUGCAGCGUCCUGACGCUACUGUUAACGGCGUGAAUGGCGGUGGGGUAGGGGGAACAGGCGUCUUUAACGGAGAGGACGAACGUUCGCAGAUUGCAUGUACGGACGACGACGAUAAUUUGCCUCAUCUGAUCAACAACAUCCCAAUGACGUCGAUGCAAAUCAACCAAUUGACCUGCGAAGUCGAAAUGACGUACUCGUCUUGCAUCCAGUCUACCAUCCAAUCCAGUGACAUGCUCUGAAAUACUGCCAUCUAUGGACAAGAAAAGAAGAAAAUUUUUGCAAACUCUUUGUCUCCCAUUGUUCUUUUGUUAGUUUCUUGUUGUCCUGACAACAUCUUGAUUAAAACCGCAGUCACAAAAGGUGUUUUAUCGACCAGUUAGAUAAUAGACAUUCGCACAUUGAUGUAUGCAAGUCAUUGAAUGUAUUGUUGUCAAUGUUUAUGUACGUCAUUAUGUUCUCUGCCAACAAUGAGAGAAAACGUACACUUGUCCCCAUUUUGUGAGUUCUAUUGUCAAACUAAGAGAAACGAUUCUCUAUUCAGCCACAAUAAAGUACUAUAUACA